AUGCGAGAUAACGCGGAGCUCAUUACGACUCAUCUGGUCGCAUUAGAUCCGAGCCCGCCAUUCCUAUUCAAUUAUGCGGUGCGGCAAAAAGUAGUCGCGCAUGUGAAUGAGCCGGACUGCAGAGUGCAGAGCCUCGUUACGCCGCAGUCGCCCGCGCGUCCCACACCCGCCCGCGCGCCCAAUUUACAAAUAAAACGCGGGGAACGUCCGGCGACGCAAAAACUGACCGCUCUCCUCCCUGUGCAUAUGAAUGGGCCACUUUUUGUGCCGGACGAG